AUGGGCUGUCGAUCGUGGAGGCGUCCGGCCGUGGCUGUAAUACCCCGCAAUCCGCUUAGAGCGAUGCGUGAAUGUGUCCUUUUGUGGCUCACGGGACGAGCGACAGCGGUGGAUUAUGCUUCGAUAUAUGUACCUACGUUAAACAAUCUCACUUACAGCGAAUUGAUUGUUCUGCGGCAAAACAACAAUAUCCAACUUGCUAACACUACGCUAGGAUAG